AACAACGGAUUGUAUUAAAAAAUAUUAAUUUACAAGUAUAUAGGUGAAACGAAACAGUUUUUCGACAGCUGACUUUGACUAGAUAUCUGUGAUUGACAUCUGACAUUCAUUUGAUUACGAAGUUUGUCAAACUCGCGAUGAAAUAUUUUGGAAAUUAGAAAGUAAUAAAUAACAUUUGAUGCGUAUAAUUAAGUUGUGUUGCUUAUAAUCAUUAUACUCCGUUCACUUUAAAUGUCUAACUAUCAAGAGAUCGUAAACUUAAACGUUGGUGGUACAAGAUUCGCGACAUCAUGGCAUACUUUGACCUGGGUUCCAGAUACUUUUUUUACAGCCCUUCUCAGUGGUCGAAUACCUACGGUGCGGGAUGAGACUGGGGCUAUAUUUAUAGAUAGAGAUCCAAACCUAUUUGGUUUAAUUUUAAAUUUUUUAAGGACUAGAGACAUAGAUCUUAAUAACAUAAACAUAAGAGCACUGAGACAUGAAUGUGAUUACUUUGGUAUAACUCCACUUAGUAGAAGACUUGCACUAUGUGAUGAGAUGAACCAUUCUUCCUGUGGAGAUGUGCUGUUUUAUGGAUAUCUUCCACCUCCUUUGAAUACAGCUCUGCCAAAUGGUAACAAUGGUAGAAAUGCUAACAGUGUGUCGAGAAAGAACUCUACAGCAUCAAACACUGAGGUGGUAGCUAAUAGAAGUCAUUCAAGAAACUCCUCUUUGGAUCUGCGUACUGUUGGUAGGAUACCCUCACAAGACCAGUUAAGUCGUUGUGGUAGAGGUCACUCAAGAGCAGCUUCACUUGGCAACACUGAUAGUCAUAAGGGAAUACGUCCACCAGAGAUAAACACAUGGCAAGAAAAUAUGAAAGUACAAAUAAUAAAAGCUCAUCACAAUUGGAUUGCUGUUGCAUAUACACAUUUUGUUACUGGAUAUAGAUUGACUGACUCAUGUGGCUGGUACAUAAUUUUCCAAUCACCAGUUCAAGAUUCGGUGAUAGAACGGAUAGCACUCAAUGCCAAAACUGGUGGUGGUGCGACCUCGAGCGGAAACAAUUCUACCGGCACUGAUGUGAUGCUUGGUAUAGCUAGUGGCCCACUUGUUAGGUUAUGGGCCUUUUCCACGCACACUGAGCCAGUUCGACGGACGUUAAUAGGUACAUUCAAUCUAGGCGUCCGUGUGGAGCACUUGCUCUUCGUAGGUCCGCAGUUAGUGGCGCUCAGUGGCGCUGGCAGUAGAAGUAAAGCCGGCGUGUGGCACACUAGUACUCAACACUGGCAGACCCAGGACGUAGCACACCUUACCACGUAUGACACAGCCGGCUCCUUCUUAUUACUGGGCACAGCUACUGGAGCUAUUAAUUAUAUAGACAUGCAAAAGUUUCCAUUGAGGAUGAAAGAUAACGAUCUCUUAGUGACCCAACUUUACAAGGAUCCUAAUCAAGAACCAAUCACAGCUAUAUCAGUAUAUCUUACACCUAAAACGAAUUUAUGUGGCAACUGGAUAGAGAUAGCGUAUGGUACGAGGUAUGGAUCUGUUCGAGUCAUUGUACAACAUCCAGAAACAGUUGGUCAUGGACCACAAUUAUUCCAGACGUUUACUGUUCAUCAGAGUCCUAUCACUAAAGUAUCUCUGUCAGAAAACUACUUGAUAUCGGUAUGCAGCGAAUACAACCAUGUAAGGUCUUGGCGCGUCACUCGGUUCAGGGGAAUGAUCUCGACCCAGCCCGGGACGACGCCUAAAGCGGCAUUCAAGGUCCUAGCUCUGGAAGCGCCGACCGCCCAGCCUCACAACGACUGUGGACCGUACGGUGAACAGGACGAGGAACAAAUAUUCAUACAAAAAGUAGUACCUGAUACGGACACAUUGUAUGUCCGAUUAGCUUCAAAUGGUAAAAGAGUGUGCACCAUCCGCUCGGUGGACGCGUCGGCGGUGUCGUGUUUCGUGGUGGCGGAGUGCGAGGGCGCGCUGCGGCCGCGCCGCCUGCUGCUGUGCGGGCACCGCUCGGGCGCCGCGCAGAUGUGGGACCUCACCGCGCCCAUCGACAAGGCCGCCAAGCCCGCGCAGGCCGUGGCCGCCAACGGAGGGGCGGUGGAGGGCGAGGAGUCCCCGGCGGCGGACGGCGGCCCCACGCCGGAUGAGCUGGUGCGGCUGCUGUCGGCAUGCGACCUGGACGCGGCUCCGGCCGGCCCCACCCAGACGCACUCGCCCAACCGACCCGUGCAGCCGUGAUCCAUCCGCAGAGCCUUGCUGGACACCUUGCUCCAUAUCUGCGUGUAAUUACCGACUGGCCUCACUCGACCCGGUAUAGGCAACUAACCACCUAAUCCAUCCACGAGGGAUGUAAUCGAAGUAUGGCCGCCGAACCUCUUCGCUUGACCGGAAACCGUCAAGUUUAAAGUAUGAACGGUGACUGUUUUUUUUUAUUUUGAAUAUUCUUUAAUUUAUAUGUUCAAAAUAAAUUUUACUUGAGAAACAAAAGGGGUUUGGAUCGCAUGAUAGUGUUGGCAAUGAAACACAUGUUGUUUGUUGUUUGUGUGAAUUUAAUGAACUUGCCGACUCCAUAAAUUUAUUAUAUAUUUAACGUUGACAUGUACAGCCAACAACAAAAUCAUAAAUAACCUAGUCUAAAAUUUUUGGUCCACAAUAUAGUAUUUAAUAUAAAACGGAUAGACUUUUUACAUUUAUGUACCGAUAGAUUUUCAAUGAAAUGUGUUGUUUUGUUAUCACGAAUUAUGAAUAUUAAGAUUAGUUCCUGUAAUAUGUAUAUAAUAUUUCGAAAAAUAAGUUGCAAACAUUUUUGAGGCUGACCGUACCAAGCGACAGCCCGAAUUUAUUAACUGAAAAAUGUUUAACGAUUAAUAAUGUUCGGUAUUCGUAUAUUUUGAAUCUCAUUUCGGUAAGAUUAUAUAAUCUUAUGACUUAUCUCCAGUUUCUGAAACGUUGGUUAGAGUUAAAUAAUUCUACUUUCACCUAAAUAGUCAUUGGUGGGUGGCACUCAAUGACGUCAUAGCUGACCAAUGAGCGUUCAGAUUAAAGUCAGAUUAAUUAACCUUACAUUAAACUACGUUUUAAAGAGUGGACUUAAAUCUAUAAUAUUACAUUAUAAUAUAUAAAAUAAAAUAUUAAUGUGUUGUAGUUUUGACACGUUGUAACUCAGAACUUAUUGAUAACUAUGAAAUUGCAUUUUUAAGAUAAAAUAUUUAAAAAAUUCAACUGCAGAUACCUUUACAUACGUUGCUGUUAACUAUUAUUAUCAACUUUCAUUAUUAUGAACUUAAAAAUCAUAUUGUUAAUACAGAUUAUAAUUAUUUAAGUAAAUAUAAAAUUAAAUUAACAAUCAGAAUUUUAAUAUACUUACAUAUCGGGAUCAAAAUGAGGAAAAAACGUGUUUAUGACAGCUUCGUUAAAUUAAUAGUAAACAUUACUAUAUAUAAGACUGAUUUGAUUUGAGAACUCAAGAGUUGAAUAAAUACUCAUUUUAAAAAUUAUCUUUUUAUUUAUAUAUAUGGUUGAUUGAAAAAAAAAUUAGAAUAAAUUUAAAAAAAAAUUGUCAAUGUGUACUAUCAAAUUUCAAAAAUGUUAUAAUCAAAUUAACGUCAUAUAAUAUAUGUAUGUAAUUGUUACAUAUCUGUAUUUAUAGCAUAAAAUAUAUGUUGCAAUCAUUAUUAAUAUACCUUGAAUUGAAAUAAUUGUUGCGGGGUGUAGCAUUGUAAGCUAUCUGUGUCUUAUUUUAUAAAUAUAAAAUAAAAAAAAAUUUAUACA